CUGCCUGAGGUUUCCCGCCAGUCUCCUUCGUCACGGUUAGGCUUGUAAGGUUUGUAACGACACACGUAGACUGAAAACAACGACGACUUUUUAGGCGGCCAUUUUGUUCUCGCUUGCGGUGUAAGAGGUGAAAGGUCGACACGUGAAACUCGCGCAUGCGCAGGACCGCUUCUCGGAGCGUUCACACUUACUUCAAGAUCAGAUCAUCGCUGUGUUGGGGUUUUGUAAUAUUCCUGUGUUCAGGCAUAAUAUCCUUUAGAAGUUCACUUUGUAGUGUAGAUCAAUGGCAGAGUUGCCAUGUGGAGAAUUCUCGGAGUUCAAGGAGGCGCUGCAGCAGCUGAGGGCUCUGGACGACAAAAUCAUUUACAAACUCAACACCAGUGUCCCCACCCAGUCGUUUGCGGGACUGGUCAGUGCAGACGAGCGAUGCAAGCAACUAUAUGAGGAGAUGAAGGCAGGGUACCUGGCUCGACCAGCCGCCAUUCAACACUGCAUUGACAGGACCUCAGAGAGAGUGAUGGAGCUGCGGACACAGAGAGAGGGGGCUGGUGGGGACGACCCUGCAACUAACAAGGCUCUGAGGAAAGAGCAGACGAAGUUGAGGCUGAUGCAGAGUGAACUUGCUGUGGAAGAUGUCAUUAGAGAGCGUUCCACAAAGGUUUGCCGUUAACUUUCGAGCAAACAGUUCUUGCGCAUUGGACCCUCUAACCCGAGUGAACAUGUUUGCCCACUCAAACUUUCUCUACCUACAGGUGUUUAAAGAGCGGUGUUGGAAAGCGUACAAGCCUCCAGAUGCAUAGCCUGUUAAUUUUCCGUAUUUCAUCUACAAUACACACUUGAUGCAUGCGUGGAUUUGUUCGCCGGCUCGCUCAUGGCGCGCGCCGCUCGGUCGCGGGAAAAAGAAAGGAGGGGCUGGUCCUGUAGCAGAGAA